AUGAAGUCUAAAUAUCCCACUGUUAACAUAUUCAAUAGAAAUGUGCAUGUAUUAGAAGAGACCAUUGACGACCCAAAUGCUCCAUCAACCUCUACUACUGUAAGUAAAAUUAAAAAAUAUUUUAGAAAAAUAGUAUAAUUUUAAAAAACUAUCAGAUUUAUUUUGGUUGUUAUAUUAUAAUUUAAACAUUUUUAGAAUUAUUUUUAUUAAUUUCUAUUAAAAAAUUACUAAAUAAUUAUUUUUCUAAAUAAUACAUAUUAUAUAUUUUUAGAAUACAACUGUUUCUACAAAUAAUUUUGUGGUAUAUCAAACUGUAAUAUCUUCACAAAUUCCAUAA